AUGCUCCUCACCAUGCCCUCAGCACCAGGGAUCGACUGGGAUGGCUUCCAAGGCGUCAGAGUGAUCGCAGUGCCUGGGAGCCAGGUGUAUGCCAGGAACCAUGGGGUCUACCUCACCAAUGAGCAGGGCCUGGUGCGUGACAUCAUCUACAAAGGCACGGAGGCCCAGAUCCAGCAGUGUGCAGGGCCCAAUGGCACCGUUCCACUGGUCUGUGGGGUGGUUUUCUUCUCUUCAGAUGCCGCCGAGCAGCUUCUGGCCACUCACGUCAUCCCUCCUCUAGACGCCUGCACCUACAUGGGGCUGGACUCAGGGGCACCACCCAUCCAGCUCUCCCUCUUCUUUGACAUCGUGCUGAGCAUGGCAGGGGGGAUGACAGAGGAGGAUUUUGUGAAGGGUGGCAGUGACGCCAGCGUGAGGAGUGCCCGCUCCGUGCUGUGGACAACUCUCCACGCCUUCCCUCUUAGCAUGGCCUGCAUCCCCGAUGCAUCUUACGACUAUAUGACCACCUCUGCGAGUGACCACAUCCGCAGCCUGACACUCCUGCCGAGCUCUGCCAGCCACCUCCGCUUCUGCAAAACAGCCCAUUCCCAUGUGGAUCAACCCUGUCUCCUGGAGGAUGGCUCUUCAGUCACCAACUGCCUCCUGGAAGGAGCCGUGCGGCUGGCAGCUGGCAGUGUCAUCCAGCACUGUCACCUCCAGGGUCCCCUGGAGAUCGGUCCUGGCUGCCUCCUCUCCGGGCUUGCCUCAGGCUCCUCACCAGCCCUGCAGGGCUGUCCCCUGCGCGACGUUGUCCUGCAGGGUCACCACGUCCAGCUGCGGGACCUGCCCUGCCGCGUGUUCACUCUCACUGGCCGCCUCGACGACUGGCAGAGCCCUGCUGAAGAGGCCACCUACCUGAAUGUGCCCUGGGCUGAGUUCUUCCAUCGGACAGGCAUACGGGAAGGGGACCUUUGGGAUGCCGAGAUGCCACGUAGGAGCCGCUGCCUGCUCAGCGCCCGGCUCUUCCCAGUGCUGCACACCUGUGAGGUGCUGGGGCUGGAGGACGUGCUGUGGCUGCUGGCCCCGGCGGCGGUG